UUAUACACUGGUCAACCUCAUUAUUCCACCACCAGGUCUGUCUAUGUCUGGAUGGUCCUUUCGUGCACCCACAGGCUUCAUCAGAAGCUUCUAGAAGACAAUUCUUCAAAGUAGUCAAAGUACUUUCAACAUUGUCACUAUCACAUUGACCAUUGUGGGCUAACUGUUAAACUUUUGCCCUAAAUUGUCUUGCUACAAUCUCUUCCUUCAGCUUCCAGACUUUAUGACGGGCCUAUGCUUUCCCUUGGCUUCUUUCAAGAUAAUAUCACAAACCAGCGACCUAUGCUGGGAAACACACUAUUCCUCCGAUAUAACUUUCACGUCCUUCACCACUUUCUUGUCUGACUUUCUAACCAGGAAGUAAUCUAUCUGUGUCUUACAACCACCUGACUCAUAUGCUAUCAGCCUACUCUGUCUCUUACUGAAUGAUGUGUUGCAAACCACCAUGUAAAAAAAAUUACUAUUUAUUUUUGAUUUUCUGAUUUAUUAAAAAAAAAUUAGAAAACAAUCUGACCUAAUUCGCUGUUUUGACUGUUUCUAGCCUCCACCAAUUGUUGUUUGUAAAUAUCAAAAUACCAGUCUAAAAAAAGAUAAAGUUUGCUUGCUGAGCUAUGACACAUUUGGUGUACAGAAUUUCAAGAGAUUCAAAGGAGAAGAGAAAUAAAAUUACUUUAGGCUUUGUAGUGCUAUGAUUGACUAAAGGAGAUAAACAGAAAUCUUGCUAGCAUAUAAAAAGCAUAAAGUUGAAAAAUUAGAUAGAACAAAGUAUAUAUAUAUAUGAAGUAAAAUAAAAAGUAAAUAAGCUUUUACUUUGUUAAUGGCGUAAUACCAGACAGCUAGCUAGCUAUUUGUGAUGUGAAUUUUUUUAUAUGGAGAGUGGGAUCUUCAAUCCGUCACUGGCAACAAGCUAACUCACCGACUACCAACUCUCCAACUACCUAACUUCCUGACUAUAAAUUUCUCCUAAAAAUGUUUGCACUUUUUAAAUUUGUUUUGCCCAAGUUUUAAAGUGCAAAACAUGUUGAAGAUUUCUAAAACAGCGUUUAUGCAUGUUUCUCAGUGAAAAUUAUUAUUCCAUGGUGGACACAUAGCAUAAGAACUAAGCGUCUAAAAUAGUGACUGUCUCAUAAAUUCAGAUUUAUGAGAGGAUAAGGCUUUCAAAUACAUGCGUCUCUAGUUAAAGGAGGGUAAUCAAUUUUACAUUCUAAAAAUAGGAGUCACGGAACAAGUCAACAUGUUAGGCAUCAUGGAUCUUUAAAAUGAUAGAUUCGGGCUUAAGUCAAACAAAAAUCAAACACUUUAAAUGGUCAUUGUCUAGUAAACCAAACUUCAGACAAAAUGGUUGGAAAAUUGGCAGAAAAUACAAGUGGACAAAAAGUUUACAAUUCAAAGGAUUUGGUAUGUUUAUUCGGUAAUAACUAUUUUUAUUUGAGAAUCUGAACUUUUUUUAGAAUAAAGAAAAAUAUUAGAAAAUCAAGAGCAUAGAUUCUACGUUCCUUUUUGAUUGUGUAAAUUUGAGCCAUUGGACUAUUAUCAAGUUUAAAGCAUGCCCAGAGUUAACCAUAAUGACAAUUUUAAACUAGAUUUUUAUAUAUAUAAUUUUCUGAAACAUAUCAGGAAAUACUUCAAUUCUUAUUAUUUGCUCCUUAUCCAUUUGCACAUGCAAAUCUUUAAAACUGUUCCAGCUAUAGAUAUUUUACAAACAUUUUCUAUUUUAACAAUGUUAAUUUUAAGGACUGAAAAAUUGUUUAAUUUCUUUCUUUUCUUUAAACCUGCAUUAAAUGUGUAAAGUUUAAAUGACACAACAUGAAUGACAGACAUUCUGUUUCGCUAACUGCUUUUUUUAACAGAAAUGACAAAGCAAUAAAAUUGUGAAAAUCACAGUGUUUCAAAGAUGACAUUGUAAGGCAUAUGAAAUAUCGUUUACAAUUCUCAAAACUUCUGUCAUCAUGACCUAACUGUUUUACGCACAUGCAUAAUACCCAGUCCGUGAUGAUAUUUGCCCUCAUUCGAGUGCUGUCUAAGUUCCAAUAAGUAAUGUACAAUUUAAACCAAAAAUAAAAAAUUCUCCUUAAAAUGUUAUUAAUAUCUCUAAAUGCAUUGGAUGGUUUUUGUACUUGUUUUACUAUUUUUUAACAAAAUUUAAUCCCAUGGCAAAAGACAAUUAUUAAAGAGCAAGAUUUAGUCUUUAGACAAGGAGGUGGUGAGGUUAGAGCUAAGAGGAGAAUUAAUAUGGCCUUUACUUGAAUUUUUGCACCUGAUGUGUAGUCAUAACCUUUAGACUGAGUGUGUUAAACCAAGAUGUGCAAUUUAAGUCUGCAGCUAUUUUCUUUUGUUUUGUUAAGACACUUUAUUAAGAAACUUUAAGAUAUAUGUGUGUCAUCUAAGAUACACCUGAAAAGGAACGCACAUCUUUCAUUAUAGUAAUUAAUUAUAAUAAAUAAAGUAAUUAAAAAAUUAUGAUUUUGGAGCAAAAGAGUGCAAUUGCUUGCUAUUUAUCUAGAGUAACUAGUCAAUGUUUGAUAAUGAUGUAAGGUGUAUGCUACUCUUCCUUGAGGGUACAUAACCACUUAAAUUGGCUGCAUUGUGUGUUACACAAAGCGAUGAAUGUGCUGAAGAUUAGAUUUGCUAGUUAUGUACCUUAAGGGAAGAAAUUAUUCGUGGAAGAAAUUUGUGCAGAACUUUUUUUGCGGAAUUAAUUUUUGCUGUUUUUGCCUAAAUCCGCAAAAAUUAAUUCCGCAGAAGUGAAGAAAUUUUGGUCAUCUGCAAAAAUAAAUUCUGCAAAAGGGGAGUUCAAAAAUAUUUUCAAUAUUUUCAGUGACGAUAUUUGAUCUUACAUUUGUGACAGCUUAGUAUUCUUAUGAUACAGCAGCUUAGUACUCUUUUUUUUAAUAUUUUGAUGAAAAACAGAGAGAUAAUAUUCGAUAAAUCAAAUGUUUUUUUAUACACUUAUAGGUACUAAAUUAGGAUUUUCCUGACUUUCGAUUUACUAAAUUUCUUGCAUUCUCAAAUUUAUUCCGCAAUAUAUCUUUUAAGGUUGCUAUCCGCAAAAUUGUAUUCCGCAAAAUAUGCCAUUUUUGGGUCACUUAUCCACAAAAAUAAAUUCCGCACAAUUUUCUUCCGCAAAUAAUUUCUUCCCUUAAGGUAGUUGUAAAUGUAUUUAACAAAAGCUCUAACAAAAUAAAGAAAAAGACUUGCCGAUCUUUAAUAAAUGUAUAACGCCAAAAAAUAAACAAAAUUGUUAAAUAUUAGAACAAGCUUUUAAAUAAGAAUCAAUGCUUACAAAUGCUCAAAAUGUAAACUAAGCAUUAAUUAAAUAUCAAACCGGAAAGAUUCUAAGGUUUACUUAUAAAUAAUAGUUUUUGUCUAUGAUCUUAAAGAAAGGUUUUAAAGUUGUUUUGCAGGCAGAGUCAAUGCAAAAGUUCUAAUUUAAAGAGAAAGAAAAUACAAACCAUGUCAUCAUAAAGAAGGGAAAGACAGUAUGUGAGGUGCAAUGAAAAAAAUUGCCCAAAAGCAGUGGAGAUAUAUUGCAAAGAAUGCCUUCAGUAUCUGUGUUUAAAGUGUUCGGAACAGUUACACAAAAGCUUAUCUGGCCAUACCUUGAUAAAUGCUAAAUAUUCCACAAAAAAAGAAUCCAUCGAACCAUAUUGUGUAGACCAUAAAUGCUUUCAACGAUAUACUUGCACAAGCUGUGAUGCCACUUUUCUUUGUAUGUAUUGCAAACAAUUGUAUCACAUAGAUCACAAUGUUUCUUUAUUAAACACACAUGUUUUAAAGGAAUAUUUUACCAGCCAAAAAUUAAAGUUGCAAAAUCUAAAGUGCGAUUCUGGUCACGUAUCUGCUCAUGCAGACACAUUAAAAAAACGAUUGCGCAAUGCCAAACUAUGCCUCAUUAAUAAUUUUAUUGUAAAAGCUAAUGAAACUGAAAACAUGUUAUUGGCGAAGUACGAUGCAAAGCGAAAAACCAUUUUAGAUGACUUCAAGGAAAUAAAUGUACACAAGCAAGCUUUAUUAGGCCAACUUGAGUUAUUAGAGAAAAAGACUGACAUGCAGAUUAUGCUAGAAUCGGGAAAACUUGUUACUGAUGUUGAAUCUUUUAUGUUAAGUAAUCAACAUCUAUUUGAAUCAGCUGAACAAGUACCUACAAUGCAGAUUGCUACAGACUUUGACAUUGCUGGAACACUUCCUUUGGGAUUUAUAGACAACACAAUUUUAGAGUGCAGCAUUAAAGGUGUAAACUUUUCAUCUGAAGCACCAAUAGAGUUGUUGAACUGUGACGGCAUAGAAGAAGUAACCAAAGACUUACUGACUUGUCAAUUAAAUGAUGGUAAUGGCAAUAAUAUCUUACACUGGAAAAGAAGUGGUCAGUUAUGUGAAGAAGCUUUUCUUUCAGGUGAUGAAUUCAAUAUGUCUGAAGUACUGUAUCAAAUGUUUCAAGAUGCUGUGAGAUUCGGAUUUUCAAGUUAUAUUUCCUCUGAUCAAUACAUCCAACAUUCUGCAUAUGUUCGUUCGUUGUUUCAAGCGAGAUAUAACCUAGUGGUUGAUCAAUGCAAGUGUGCAUCUUGUAAUACCUCCAUGUUGCCAGAGUUAUAUCAUUGUCGCAUUUGCAAUAUAGACUUGUGUUCGGUUUGCUAUCGGCUGAAUAUGGGUUUGCUGGUGCCUAAUCAUUUGAAAUAUCAUAAGAUGGAUUAUUUGAGUGACGUUUGUGCUACCUGCAAGAGCUACAUCGUUGGAAAGUAUAUUCACUGCAAAGUAUGUAACCUCAACGUUUGUGCUUAUUGUUAUCAAACGUGCAAGUUUAAGCAUGAUGAUCAACAUCAAAUAUCAGUUUUGAAAUAUAAUCUUGGAGAACUUAUUGACUGUAUGUCAGAAGAAAAGGAAUUACCGCUGCUGGCUCUUCAUUCAAGGUAUUUUUCAGAUGCUCUAAAAAUAGGCGUUGGUGAAUGGAAGAAUUCAUUUAGCAAUUGGGAUGGGAAAAUUCAGAAAAAUAUGAAGCUAGCUGUUGCAAGAUUUUCAGAGGAAGGUUUAAGCAAUGGAAUGAUUUGCAACUCAUGCUUGGUUGAUCUUGCUGGGAAGUGGUAUCGGUGUUUAGACUGCUUUGACCUUGAUGUGUGUGACUUAUGCUACCUGAAAGAAAUUAGGAAGACAGAAUUUACAAACGGUCAUGAUGUGAAACAUACAGUGAUGAGUUUUCGAUACAAAUGCACCAAUUGUCGAGGAUUUAUAAUUGGCUCGAUUUAUAGUUGUGCAGAUUGUGUAAAGAAUGAGUUGUGUACUCUGUGCUAUAAAUCAAAAAAAUUUCCAUCAAGUCACAAGAGCUCUCACAGGAAUAUGAGAAAACAUCACAAUUAUGCUUGUAGUGGGAGAGAGUUGGAACAUAUCGCUGAUUGGCCUGUCGAUAUUUGAGAGAAUCAUAAAGUAUAUACACUUCGCGGUAUAAGCUGUUAUAUUUUGCAAGUUUUAUUACAAUAAUAAUUACAAUAUUAAUUCAAUAUUUGUUAUGUAAUUAUUGUUUCAAUUUUGAUAAAAUAUUUAAGUUUUAAAGUUGCUUAUAACUCUUUUAAUAAAAUUUUAUAUAAAAGAAACUUGUGAUAAGUUUGUGCUCCUUUAAGAAUAUUAAUGUGGCUUUUUGUAAGUUCUGGUUGAAUAACUAUUAUUUUAUCUUUUCUGUUUUUUAUACACACUUUAAGAACUUUUGUAGUCGUUUGUAAAAUCGAAGUAUAGAAUCAUGCUAUUAUUAAGUUGUUGUGGUUUCGUUUGUUGAUGUUGUUGGUGUUUUUUUUGUUUUUGUUUUUUGUUGUUUUGUUUUGUUGUUGUUUUCAAGUGGGGAGAAGAAAAAGUUAUGUAGCUACCUUUUAUCUAAUCAAUUAUGGAUAUCAAAUAUUAUAUCCUCUGCCUAAGGGCUUUUUUCUUUUUUUUUUCCAUUAUCAGGAUGACGUUCUGACAUAGAAAGAGAGGCAAGGAACCCUACGAUCGAGGUUGCAAAUAUUUCUAAUGUAUUUUCUGUCGUUUUCAAUUAUAUUUGGGCGUACGAUACGUUAUUUUAAAUAA